UUACUUCCUCUGGGACAUCGUUUAGAGCAAUCUCGUAGUUUAUAUAAGUCUGCGCGCACGCACCGCCUUUACUUGCAAGGACGACGCCAUGGCUGCUCUGUUCUGCUUCACCAUUUGGAUGUUAGUAUCAUCUAGUCAAAGUAUUUCAUCAAAAUUGGACUUUGAUGAGACUGGUGAAUCAUCUUCCUCCGUAAUGACGAACACAAGCCAACUCAACGAUGAGGAUGUAGAAGUGAAACACACUAUAGUUGUAUCCACCAAACUCAAGAAUAAUAAUAGGAGAGGCUUACAUUCUUCAAAAGAUGGGGACUCAGGAGUGUUAACAUACAAUAUUGGUCGCACAGCAAACACACAAGAAGAUAGCAGUGAAGUGCCCAUCGUCUUAGGCCUAAAAUCUGUUGAAACCACGCGUUUAAGAACACCCGACUCUCGUUUCAAGAACCGAGUUUACCCUGACUCCGUAUUCAUAAAUAAAAACAUCCGGGAUGACUACGAUCAUUAUCCCAACCCUGCAACAAAUCCAAUGUCAUGGAAACCUUCUAAUUUAUUCACUAAUAUAAAUUGGAGGAAUCCAGACAGUGAAAACCAAGUUUAUAAUCCGCGAGCUAAUCCAGGAACAGUGAAAUUUCACAGGAAAAUUACUGAUGAUGGUAUGAAGGAAUUUUACUGUAGAAAAUGUCAGGAAUUUAGCAGAGGACUCAACCCUGCACAAAGUUUGAAAGGCUGUGCUCAGGGCAGAAAUACGUGGAUUUAUGAAGCGACUACGCCGAAGAUAAAAAUUGACGGGAAAUUGGCCAAAUUAAACUAAUGUCGUUGU